AUGGCCAGCAGAAUAUUUCUGUUGUGCCUUCUAGUGUCGUGUCUGACUGUGUCUUAUAUAGAAUGUUGGCGAGGUGGUGGAAGGAGCAGCGGUGGAUACAGUAGCGGUCGAAGUCACAGCUCCUUUGGCAAGAGCUGGGGGUCGUCAAGUUACUCUAAACCCAGUUGGAGCUCCAGUUCCUCCUCGUCGAGUCGUUGGGGAAGCUCAUCGUCAUCACAUAGCUACCCAUCGUCAUCAGGAUUGUCCGGAUAUGGAUCUAGUUCACAUACGUAUCCUUCAUCGUCAUCAGGAUUAUCUGGAUAUGGUUCCAGCUCACACACUUACCCUUCGUCAUCGUCUGGAUUAUCUGGAUACGGAUCCAGCUCACAUUCAUACCCUUCGUCUUCGUCUGGAUUAUCUGGAUAUGGUUCCAGCUCACACACAUACCCUUCGUCUUCGUCAGGAUUAUCUGGAUAUGGUUCCAGCUCACACACAUACCCUUCGUCGUCAUCUGGAUUAUCUGGAUAUGGCUCCAGUAGUAGAUAUCCUUCAGUUUCAUCUGGAUCAACAUGGAACUUUGGAUCAUCUAGCUACCCGACAUCGUCAUCAGGAUCUGAAUUUAAUACCUACAUAAGUCCUCUACCUGCAGGAGUAUUAUAUGGUACUGGGUCGAAACCAUCAUACUCAUCAGGCGAUUUACCAUCGGGCGUAUCAUAUCUAAACAGCCUCAAAAUUCCUUCGCUAUCAGGACCGAGUUACAAGCCAUCAUCAAGUUCGGGAAGCCAUUCUUACCCGUCAAGUUCAACAGGACUGUCAGGCUCUGCGUCCAAUUACCGGCCAUCAUACAGCUCUGGAAGCCAUUCCUAUCCAUCGAGUUCGACGGGACUGUCCGGCUCUGGAUCAAAUUACGGAACUACGUCUAAUUCUGGAUCCCACUACUAUACAUCAAGUCAUACAUACGGCACAAACAACCACCCAUCGUCGUCAAUACACACAACACAUCAUUAUAUCCAUACUAACGUACCAACGUACUAUUCCACACCGCAGUAUGUAUAUAUCCAAGACUACAGGAACUCGAAUAGUCGUUACGGGGAUCUCCUGACUGGUUUAUCAAUAUACAAUCUUGGACGCUCACACAGCUACCCAGACCACUACUACUAUGAUGAUUACUACAGACGGAGGUACGAUAUGCCGAGCACUUCAUCAUAUGGCUCCUCAUCCUACAGGCCCCAGAACAGGCCUCAAGACGAAGCAAAUUGCAUAUUGAAAGUUAAAGAAAAUGGACGGGAGGAAGCACUUAAAAUUCCUUGUGAAAUUGUUUCAACCUUUACUCAAGAUAGUAAAAAAGUGGCUCCAACACAACAAACUCAAGUGAAUAAAACCGUGUGCACGACAACAAUCAGUACGAUAAAUAAUGCAGAGACGACGUUGUCAGCGACACCAGCUUCUACACCGAUCCCUGUGCUCUCAGUAUUACCGAUUAACCCUUUAAGUUCUAACUCAACAGGGGCUAUAAGCCGAACUGAGGCAAUCAAUGUUUCUACAUUGCCCGACAACAGUUCUACUACAAUAGCAAACAUGACAUUAGCACCUAACGGCACUCUAAUAAUGACACCUGUAAGCACUCCCGCCCCAAUAGUUCCUAGUAUCGAUGUGAAGAAUAAUUUGGGAACUUUAGCACCAAACGGCACCAUCAUUCCUACAGUGACUGUUAACAGCACUGUGCCACAGAACAGUUCUGCAGCGAACACAACAGUGACCACAGUGACUUCGACAGUGAACGGUUCCUCAUCUUACAUCACCAAGACGGUGACAACGAACGCGACUAUGGUGAAUGUGACAGUGUGCACUACUAAUUCAACCCUCGUAGAUCCUCUAAGUGUAAAAGGCCCCCCAGUGAACCCCGAUAACAUGGAGUGUGUGGUAGAGAUUCAAACAAGAGACAAUUUCUUGCGUAAUGUUGUCGAUUGUAUCAUCUCCGUCUGCUGGGUGUCUGGUGCGGGAGUGGGUCUCCUACCACUGUUCGGGUGGCACGCUGGCAACAACAUGCCAGGAUGUUACUUCGUAGAGGUCAUGGACUACAACUACCUGUUGUUCCUCUACUUUGCCACCAUCGUCACGCCCAGCGUCUUACUCGCAGCCUUCUACGCUCACAUCUAUCGAGUUGUUGUCAAACAGCUCAGCGAGGUGAUGACAGUGGACGGGUGCCGGGGCCGCGUUCCUGGAGGUGGCACCAUGCUACGAGUGCUUGGAGCUGCGCAGAAGCGAGAAGUCAAAGCCACGCAGAAUCUCGCCAUCAUAGUAUUUUUCUUCAUCAUUUGUUGGAUUCCACUCUACACAGUUAAUGCAAUCAAAGCCUUCAUGCCAGAGCUCGACAUUCCCAACCCUCUCACGUACAUCUGCAUCAUUGUCUCCCAUUUAAAUUCUGCUAUCAACCCGUUUUUGUACGCGUACCAUCUAAAAGACUUUAGAGCAGCUUUGAAGGGUCUGCUUUGCUCUAUAGGAGGCAGAGGAGUGACAAUACAGGCCGCAUACAGACCGCCAAUACCAGUUAGACGACAGGCUUUAGAGAGGUGUAAUGCUCUGAGAGAAAGACCAAAAGUAUACGUAAAUUCACCAGUUUGGCUACGGCAGAAGGAAGCUGAGGCGAGUAUAACUGACGAGACAAGAGCAGUAGUAGCAGCUACUCCACUAGUUCCAGAUGUAGAACCGUUUAUAAAUAGAGCAGCUGAAGGCUCCAGUGGUUGCCACACACCAGAGGGUAGGGACAGCGAGGGUGGUCCUUAUCUUAUAGAGGCUAACGAAGAGAGAUGCCAAAGUCCUUAUAAGAGAGUUGAGGAAUUAAUUCGGCGUGUGCGCAGUGCUAGCGCGGAUCACAGCUGA